AGUGGUGGUGGUCACGGAGGCUACGGUGGUGGUGGCCAUGGUGGAUCUGGCGGUGGUGGUCAAGCGAAAUCGUUCCAUCACUUCUCUGGACCAGUUGUGGGCCCACACCAAGAAGUAUCCUGGAAAGACAAACACGGCCACGUUCACUACGACUACGCAGCUCAUCCUCUGUACCAAUAUGCCUACGGAGUGGAUGAUAAGCACACCAAAGAUUAUCACACGCAGAAGGAGUUUCGUGACGGGAAGAAAGUCUCAGGAGAGUACCACGUCAAAGAACCAGGCGGUAACAUCAGGAGCGUAAAGUAUCAUUCCGACCCCCAUAGUGGAUUCACCGCAGAAGUUCACAAUCUCGGAGGAAAUGAUCAUUCCGGUGGCGGCCACGGCGGCGGUCACGGUGGCGGCAAGCACUAA